CAAUUUCUCAUGUCUUCACAAUGAGACAGGCCUGGGGUUAUUUCUUCCCUACACCUUGUAGUUGAUAGUUUUAGAUGCCGAGACAAUGCUGGCAUAGAUAUGGCAGAUAGCGUCAAGAUCUUCCUUAAUGAUCUUAUCAGGGGAAUUAAAGAUUCCAUAUGGGGGAUCUGUACAAUCUCCAAGCUGGAUGCUCGGAUCCAGCAAAAAAGGGAAGAGCAGCGGAAGAGAAGAGCAACUAGUGUGCUUGCCCAGCGAAGAGCACAAAGCGAAGAGAGGAAGCAAGAGAAUGAACCCCGGAUAGUAAGCCGAAUACUUCAGUGUUGUGCAUGGAAUGGAGGUGUAUUUUGGCUUAGCCUCCUCUUGUUCUAUCGGGUUUUCAUACCUCUGCUUCAGUCAGCAACAGCACAUGUAAUUGGUGAUCCGUCAUUGCAUGGCGAUGUCUGGUCUUGGCUGGAAUUUAUCCUGACCUCCAUCUUCAGUGCCCUGUGGGUCCUCCCCCUCUUUGUGCUCAGUAAAGUGGUCAAUGCCAUUUGGUUUCAGGACAUUGCUGAUCUGGCAUUUGAGGUGUCAGGAAGGAAGCCCCAGCCUUUCCCCAGUGUCAGUAAAAUCAUUGCCGACAUGUUGUUUAACCUCUUACUGCAAGCUCUCUUUCUCAUCCAGGGGAUGAUUGUCAGCCUGUUUCCUAUUGAUAUCAUUGGGCAGUUAAUUAGCCUGCUUCAUAUGUCCCUGCUCUACUCACUAUAUUGCUUUGAAUACCGUUGGUUUAAUAAAGGCAUUGAAAUGCAUCAACGAUUAUCCAACAUUGAAAGGAACUGGCCUUAUUACUUUGGAUUUGGGUUACCACUGGCCUUUCUCACUGCAAUGCAGUCUUCUUACAUUAUCAGCGGGUGCUUGUUCUCCAUUCUUUUUCCUCUAUUUAUUAUCAGCGCCAAUGAAUCGAAGACACCAGGAAGAGCAUACCAUUUCCAGCUGCGCCUCUUUUCCUUGGUCGUCUUCCUUAGCAACAAGCUAUUCCACAAGACAGUUUAUUUUCAGUCCAGCCUGAGCACCUCUCCGUCUGCUGAUCGACUGCCCUCGCCGCGCUCCUCGCCUGCUAGACUGGCACACUGAACCAAGGCAGGGAG